AUGGACGCGACGGCGAACGUCACGGCGAGGGUGUACCUGGACGUGGGCGCGUGCGAGGGCGCGGCGAACGCGGCGCGCGCGCUCGGCGACGACGGCGGCGCGCUGUGCGCGACGCCGGAACCGUUCGGGAGGAUCGUCGUCGGAUUGUACGGCGACGCCGCGCCGGAUACGGUGCGGAAUUUUCUCGCGCUGUGCUCGAACGCGGCGUCGACGCCGACGCUGGCGGGGACGGUGUUUCAUAAAAUCGACAAAGGCAACGGGUACGUCGUCGGAGGUAAGAGCGGGAGUCCGAGACUGGGGCAGGUUUCGGCGCUGAGCGGGGAGAGGUUUAGUAACGGCGACGUCACGCGCGCGUCCGCGUUCGAGGGACGGCACUUUAGGCCGGGCACGGUGAGUCUGGCGCUCGAGUCAGCGGCGAAGGAUGGCGAAUACGGAACGACGGCUCAAUUUCUCAUUACGACUGGUCCAGCGCCGGUACCGUCGCUCGACAACAAAAACAUCGUUUUUGGUCGCGUCGAACAAGGUUUGGACGUCGUGCAGCGGCUUUCGAAUGAAAAAACAUUCAAGCCGAGCGAGACGGCGCGAGCGUAUAACGCGUUGGCCAACCUCGUAGGCGAUUCGCGGGCGGGAAAGGCCAAGGCGGCGUGGAUCAAACCGACGCGCGCGUUAGUGAUCACCAGUUGUGGUGUAUUAGAUGCUUAG